AUUUCACUGUCACAACCGGGUACAAGAACAAGCAGUGUUUUGAUGCUACAUGUGAGUUUAAAUGAAAUGAUCGGCAGCAUUCACGAGACCCAGGUAGCUGAAGAUUCACAGAGCAGGGGGUUUUCUUUUUAAUUUAUUGUGCCUUGCGUUACGCAGCCACAAAGCUGAGUAGGCCUACAAACAGGAAGAAAUCAUUGCUGUCAUAUCGACACCGACGACGGCUCGUGGUGAGUCCCGCUAUUACUUGUUCCGUCGAUCAGAGCUAACGUUAGCCAACCGGCCCAUACAAUCAAUUAUGACUCAUGAACAGUCUUGACUCUUAUUUUACCCUCAUACUAAACUAUCAAAUUAACAGUUUAAAGGCGCGUGUCGGCUUCCAAUCUAGAAAGGAGUAUUAGAAUCGGUUAAUUCUUGAUCACCUGGGUGUAUGUGUUUUGUCCACGGUUUGUUUGAUUUGGUGACCGGGCUAACCGAGGCGGGGGAAGGUUCAGGUGCUGACCAAUCACCGCGCUUCUACGUAAAACCCCGCCUUUCGCGCUCGCGUAGACUCAUUUAUUGAACGCACUUCCUGGCUCUGACCAGACAAAGGGGGGCGCUUAAGGUCGUUUAUGUCCCGUCAAAUAGUAAACAAACAUCCAUUGUGGACGUCUGACAUGUGCGCUUAAGAAAUCGCUACGUGCGCAUUUCUAACGUGCAAUCUCCGCCCCUCGGCAUCACAUUGCAACAGCAAGAGCAGUUGCUACUUUCAUCUUCAGCAGUUCCAGCUCCACCUUAACAUACGAUGUCGGCUUUCGUGCAGUUUUUUUGCAUUGACGUCAACCACAUACAGCACGAAACAGGCUCUCUUCAUAUUUCGUAUGCUUGAGUCGAACUAUGGACAGAUAGCCGGACACUGGUGCUCGUUUUAAACCAAUUUGACUGCGACAGUGGCUGAUUUAUCUCCCAUCACUCUGAGGAAGCCACUGCGUCCGAGGAUACCCGCAACACAACCAGCGGUUGUGCAUGUUUGUUAAGGAGCCACAUAGUCUUUGUGUGGAUGUCAGCCAAGGAUUUGAGCCAGAGAGAUGAGAGACCAGCCUGGGAUGGACAAGACAAGUGCUUUAAUCUAGCAGGGCGGAUGAGAGUGCAAAGGAAACUCGGGCUAACUCAGGCUACAUCCUCCUCUACUCCCAGCCUGCAUACCCGAGGCUGCAGCUGCUGCCAGAGUGCGGCCAGACAAGAGCCAGCGACCGCCGCAUCAGGCACCAUGAUGGAGGGGGGCAUUCAGCUGCUCAACCGCGAUGGCCACAGCAUUUCGCACAACUCGAAGCGCCACUACAACGACUCCUUCGUGUCCAUGAACAGGAUGCGACAGCGUGGCCUGCUGUGUGACAUUGUGCUCCAUGUCUCCAACAAAGAAAUCAAGGCGCACAAAGUGGUGCUGGCAUCCUGCAGCCCCUACUUCCACGCAAUGUUUACCAAUGAGAUGUCGGAAAGUCGGCAGACCCAUGUGACCCUUCAUGACAUCGACUGCCAGGCUUUGGAGCAGCUGGUCCAGUACGCCUACACAGCAGAGAUUGUGGUCGGGGAAGGCAACGUGCAGACGCUGCUUCCAGCCGCCAGCCUGCUGCAGCUCAACGGGGUGCGGGACGCCUGCUGUAAGUUCCUCCUCAGCCAGCUGGACCCCUCCAACUGCCUGGGCAUCCGAGGCUUCGCUGACACGCACUCCUGCAGCGACCUGCUCAAGUCAGCCCACAAGUAUGUCCUGCAGCACUUUGUGGAGGUGUCCAAGACGGAGGAGUUCAUGCUGCUGCCACUGAAACAGGUCCUGGAUUUGAUCUCCAGUGACAAUCUCAACGUGCCGUCUGAAGAGGAAGUGUACCGCGCUGUGUUGAGCUGGGUGAAACAUGAUGUAGAUGGCCGAAGGCAACAUGUCCCCUGGCUGAUGAAGUGUGUGCGGCUGCCACUGCUGAGGCGAGACUUUCUGAUGAGCAACGUGGAUACAGAGCUGCUGGUGCGACACCACUCGGAGUGCAAGGACCUCCUGAUCGAGGCUCUCAAGUACCACCUGAUGCCUGAGCAGAGGGGAGUCCUCAGCAACAGCCGGACGCGCCUGCGACGCUGUGAGGGUGCAAGCCCUGUGCUCUUCGCAGUUGGUGGCGGCAGCUUGUUUGCCAUCCACGGAGACUGCGAGGCGUACGACACCAGGACGGAUCGCUGGCACAUGGUGGCUUCAAUGUCCACUAGGCGGGCACGGGUGGGCGUGGCAGCCAUUGGGAACAGACUGUAUGCCAUUGGAGGGUAUGAUGGCACCUCGGACCUCGCAACCGUGGAGUCCUACGACCCUAUCACUAACUCCUGGCAACCAGAGGUUUCUAUGGGCAUACGGAGAAGCUGUUUGGGUGUAGCCGUCCUGCAUGGCCUGCUGUACGCUGCUGGUGGUUAUGAUGGAGCCUCCUGCCUCAAUAGUGCAGAGCGUUACGACCCUCUGACCAGUACAUGGACCUCGAUUGCUGCCAUGAGCACCCGUAGGAGAUAUGUCCGAGUAGCAACUCUGGAUGGCAGCUUGUAUGCAGUGGGAGGUUAUGACAGCUCCUCACACCUCGCAACAGUGGAGAAAUAUGACCCCCAGAGCAACACAUGGAUAGCUAUCGCCAACAUGCUGAGUCGGCGCAGCAGUGCCGGGGUGGCCGUGCUGGACGGCAUGCUGUAUGUUGCAGGAGGCAACGACGGCACCAACUGCCUGAACUCUGUGGAGCGCUUCAACCCCAAGGCCAACACCUGGGAGGGAGUGGCCCCCAUGAACAUACGCAGGAGCACUCAUGACCUGGUGUCUAUGGAUGGCUGGUUAUACGCAGUGGGAGGUAACGAUGGCAGCUCCAGUCUCAACUCCAUCGAGAAGUACAACCCACGCAGCAACAAAUGGGUCGCGGCCUCCUGCAUGUUCACGCGACGCAGCAGUGUGGGCGUGGCUGUGUUGGAGCUGCUGAACUUCCCCCCACCCUCCUCACCCACCCUGUCGGUUUCCUCCACCAGCCUUUGACACGGGGUCACUACUUGGCUGACCUCAGCCUCUGCUGCUACAGCCCAGACUGGCUCUGGGAAGAAACGCAACUGCUCGGUUUGAGACUGGGAGGAGGACAGGAGUGGACAGGUAAAUGGAUGGAGGUGGGAGAAGAGAGAGAGAGAGAGAGAGAGAGAGAGAGAGGAUAAGGCUCCUGUCUUCAUUGAUAUUUAGUACCCUCCCAAAUAAGUGGCACUCUUGGUAAAGGUUGGCCAACCAUGGUUUAGGGACAUUUUACUCAAUAAAUAAAAAAAAUCCAUAAAAAAAGUGAAUGUGCACCCCCAAAAAAAAGAAAUCCACAUGUAACUAUGAAUUGUCAUUAACAGUUAAGGGACAACUUAGGAUUCCUUAUUUAUCCACCACAAGAUAUUACAUUACAUUUUUUAUUUUAUGGUCUGACCAAUCUGGCUCCUCUUUACCAAGUUUGCCAUUAAUUCUGGACAUGUCCUCGAGCUCCACUUGUCUUUCUCCCACCACUCCAGUGUUUGACACACUCAUCGGGAAACAUGGUGGACACUUAAUUCUGUCAUGUGUGAUGUAAAUGUUUUUGGUUUGAUGUUGUUGUCCUCUGCAAUACUUUUUAGUUUGAUGUCAGGAUUUUUUGCAAUAAUGUAAAAAAAAAGGAGAGAAAGUGAAUGAUUUUACUUUUAGAAUGUAGCUUUUGACUGGGUGUAUAUAUACCAUGCAUGUUUACAGAUUGACUCCGAACAAGAGGAUAAAAUGUUGUAGUGCCGCCAUGCCACACUAGGUGGUAGUAACAGGUUAUAAACCCUUCCCACACUGCAGGACAGCAUGGACACAGAACAGAGAGAAGUCAGCCCCUCGGAUAUAUAGUAUAUGAGUUUAAUCUUUAUAAAAUAAAGAAUAAUUGUGUUGAACUAUAUGUAUUUAUAAAAAAUGAUAAAUUCUAAUAUAUAUUCUGUUUUAAAGGGAGAAAACAGAUCAGACCUAUGUCUAUUUAAGAGUGUUUUAAUAUAUUUAUUUAGAUUGUGUGCAUAUCGUCAAUUGAAAUGACAAAGAGAAUGUCUAAGGGAGAGAGAGGUUGUUGUUCAGUUUGUGUGCAUUUGAAGUUUCUCCUGGUUAAGAGGACUGAUUGUUGCAUUUUGAUAUGCAGCAUUUCCUUUACUUCUCUUAACGUUUGUUCACUGCCACAAGCAUGAUCUCACAUAAUACUGUACCGUAUGCCUGCUACAUUUGUGCAAAAGGCUUUAGUUGCGUGUAAACCUAUUGAUCAGUCAAUGAAAGAACUCUAUAUUGUCUCAAAUUACUUUUAAGUGGACAUAAUCCUUGGACACAUGACAAGUUUAAAAUGGCAUUAAAGCAGCAAGUACCAGUUGAACUACUGUAAAACACGAAUGAGUAAUGCUGUUGACACUUGGUGCUGUCAUAUUUCCUUCCAUACAUAAUCAAGUGUGGUGUCUUGUUAUAUUACCUCAUUGUUGAAAUGGAUCCAUCUCUAUUGCAACAAAGUUGAACUAGAAACAACUAUCCAAUUAUCUGCAGAUAUACUGGCUGUAUAACGUGUGGUGGAUGACUUGGGAUGUCGCCACUGAACUUGGAUUGUCGAAAAUAAAUGGAUUACCUUGAGUCAUGACUCAAUACCCGGGUUCAGUUGAGAUUUGAUGUAGCGCAGUGAUACUAAUCCCAACUUCUGAGAAGUUGCCUUUAUUUCCUUAUUCUGUUGAAGGAUUUUGUUAAUCCAGUUCUGUUCUCUAUCUAUGACUACCUUACUUUUCAUUUGUUAGAGUGCACCCAGUAUAAUAGUGGCUGUGAUGGUCUUAAGGAGAUGCUGUUAUUCUGACAAGUCACAGUGACUCAGGGCCAGACUUAAGAGAUGUGCACACAAAACCACAAAAGACUUUGGCCUCCAUUCUGCUGAUUGAACUGUAAAUACAAAAAGUGGUCAUCUUAAAUCCAUGUGUGCAAUUCCAAUGUGACUAGCUAUUUUUUUGUUUGUGUUCAAUGUGGUGAUGAUUGUUUAUUUAUUAUAUGUUUGUUAUUUAUGAGGAACUUUAAAAUAUUGAAUUUUGCACUAUUGCGAAAUGGAGCAAUACACUGUAAAAAAAAGAAAGAAGAAGAAAUAAAGAUGUUUUCAGAUGUGAUGACUACCUCGACGAGUUUGAACACAUGUACACACUGGGUGGGACCAAAUGCAAGAUAUAUCCUGGAGAUUUUAUCCCUGCAUCUGCCAAAAUGCCUCACUGUACUCACUCUGGAUGCAGAGAGAUGCAGCGUAAUCCCCAAUGAAAACACAUACAAACAAACAAACAAACAAACAAAAACACACCAAUAUGGUUGUGUUGCUAGACUCGCUAUACACUGUUGCUUGAUACCUUCCCAACCGACUCCUCUUUCAUAGUGAUCUCAGCAGACAGCUGAACACUCUCACUUUACCCUUCUUGACCUCAGUCACAUGGCAUUCACACCUGUGGCUGCCUCUGCUAACACAAAAACUCCCACUUUCCCAAAAUGCAAAGAGACACAGGCUGCAAAACACGUACAGCUUUAAAUGGGAGAAAAAAGGCUCCAGCUGCCCAUACAGUGAGUUUAAUCUUUUUUGGGACAACAUCUGUGCACAUGUGUUUGGGUCUUUGCUGUACUUGUGGUGUUUGAUUGUGAAAACAAAAGCAUGUAUCGUGGUUGCAUAUAGAGGGAGUCAGCUUUAUGUUUGUAAUUAAAUGUGACAAAAGAGAACAUUGCCAGAUUCUCAGAAAUUGAAAAUGAAUAAUAUGUUUCUCAGCAGACACAAUCAAUCAGUGUCCACAUACAAUUAUUAAAAAAACA